AUGGCUGUCAAUUCAGGCAUUCCUGUCCGUGGAACCAGUCCUCUGAGCCGCCGCCCAUCCAAAUCCCAGGAUGAUCACCUAGGCAAGGCUGGUCAAUCGGUAGUCGCACGGCGCAGACUAUUCCUACUGUCAGCUUCUGAUGAGUCGUCCCUCGAUAUCUUUAUUGGGCGGCUCCAGUCAUUCCUUCAAGAUCGCGGGGAUGAUGCGAGCGACGAGUGGGUUGGUAACCUCGCUUUUACCCUCAACAAACAGCAUGAACAGCAUACGUACCGAGCAAUGGUUGUUGCCCAGUCGAUUGGCACCCUGAAGACUGCCUUAUCCUCCCGACCUCAAAUACGCAAGGCGUCUACAAAGCCGACUAUCGGAUUCAUAUUCACUGGUCAAGGAGCACACUGGACUGGAAUGGGCAAAGAGCUGCUAGACACAUACCCGGUGUUCCGUCAAUCAAUGCAGAAGAUGAAUGACUACAUCGGUCAACUUGGUGCUCCUUAUGAUGUUAUAGAGAUAUUAAACUUGGAUGACCAUUCAACCCUAGGCCAUGUACUGCUCAGCCAGACUCUCUGCACCGCUUUGCAAAUUGCUCUUGUCGACCUGCUCGCAUCAUGGGGGAUAUACCCCGAUGGGGUGGCUGGUCAUUCCAGUGGAGAAAUUGCAGCCGCUUAUGCCGCGGGGAUGCUCAGUAUGCAAGACGCGAUUGCCAUCGCUUAUUUUCGUGGUGUAUGUGCAAGUUCACUCUCCACAAAAGGGAGAAGAGGGUCAAUGAUGGCGGUAGGCAUGUCGGUGCGUGAUAUUGAUCCAUAUCUCGCAGCUCUACGGACGGGAAGGGCCAAUGUCGCUUGCAUCAACAGUCCCAGCAGCAUUACUGUUUCCGGUGACUACGCAGCGAUCGAGGAACUUGGGACGGUCUUACAGGACAAAGAAGUAUUUACUCGACGGUUGAAUGUGGACGUGGCAUACCAUUCUCACCAUAUGGAUCCGAUUGCGGGUGAAUACUUGAAAUUGAUGACUGAAAUGAAGACAAUCAAGCCGUCCAAACAACCUACCGGAUCGACCCAAUUUUUCUCCUCUGUUACUGGGACCGAGAUAUCUACUACGGAGUUAGGCCCUCACUAUUGGGUUCAAAACCUGGUACAGCAGGUAAAACUAGUCGACGCGGUGCAGUCUCUCUGCUUCGAGACGAACCCGAGUGGAAUCCCGAAUGAACAUUCCAGCGAGCAAACGCGAUUAUCUACCUUCAAAAAGGUCGCAGUCACCAACCUGAUCGAGAUAGGACCUCAUGCAGCACUCGCCGGUCCUAUUAAACAGAUUUUGAAGGCGGAUCCCAGGCUCGACAAGGCGAACGUAGCGUAUGAUGGUGUCCUAAUCAGGGGCCUGGAUGCAACAUCCACCGCAAUGGCAGUUGCUGCGUCUUUGGCAGCUAAUGGAUAUCCGGUGAACCUCCAGGCGAUAAAUGAUCCGGAGACUUUGUAUAGACCACAGGUGCUCGUUGACCUUCCGCUGUGUAGUUAA